CAUGAAGUACUACUAGUACUAGCACUAGUAUUUAAUUUCUCGUCGAAGAAACAGAAUUUUUACAAGUGGCAAUUGGGAAGAGGGCGUUGGGAUUGUCAGUGAGUCUGCAGUUCGUACUCUGUCUCAAGCUCCAAGAUCGAGACAACCAAAUCCCAAUUCCAAAAACCCUAACUAACUUCAAAUUCCAGAUCUACACUCCCAUGGCUUCCUCCAAGCUCAUGUCUUCUUCCAAUUCAAUCACCUCCGACACUCCUUCAUCUCCGUCCUCCAAACCUCAUUUCACCACCUCCAAUUUCCUCGUUUCCGACACUUCCAACUUCUUCUCCGAUCAACCCUCACUUGCCGACGCGGUUGCGACUCCGAGAACUGUGGAUGAUGUUUGGAGAGAGAUUGUUGCUGGAGAUCACAGGGAGUGUAAGGAGGAGGCUCCCGAUGAGAUGAUGACGCUGGAGGAUUUUCUCGUGAAAGCCGGUGCGGUGGAUGGGGAAGACGUGGAUGUGGAUGUGGAUAACGAUGUUAAGAUGAGUAUACCUAUGACGGAGACUCUCAGUGGGAGUGGUGUGUUUUCUUUGGAUUCGGGUUUUCAUGGAGUUGAGAGUGUGGAAGGGUCUGUGGUAGGGUUUGGGAAUGGAGUGGAGGUUGUUGAAGGAGGGAGGGGGAAGAGAGGACGUCCGGUUAUGGAGCAGUUAGAUAAGGCUGCUCAGCAGAGACAGAGAAGGAUGAUAAAAAAUAGAGAAUCUGCUGCUAGGUCUAGGGAACGCAAGCAGGCUUACCAAGUGGAAUUGGAGUCUUUGGCUGUGAAACUAGAGGAGGAAAAUGACAGGUUGAUCAAGGAAAAGGCUGAAAGGCAAAAGGAAAGGUUUAAACAGCUUAUGGAAAAAGUGAUUCCUGUUGCAGAGCAGCGAAGGCCACCAAGGUUACUCCGCAGGGUUCGUUCCUUGCAAUGGUAGAUCAUACUUGCUAGUGAUGCAGGAUGUGAAAGCUGAAGAUGGGAAAUAAUAAAAUGGGCAAAUUAAUCAUUAUUUAUUAAAUCAUAAUGGUUAGUUUUAACAUUAACAUGGUUAAUGAUAAAAGCAGAUAGGAGGAAUCUGAACCUGAAUGGCGAAUGGCGAAGAGAACUACUUAUUACAUAAGAAUCAGCUUUUGUUUAUUCUAAUGUGAUGAAAGCAGAAUUAUUAGUUGGACCAUGUAGUUUAGAUACAAAGUAGACAUCCCGGUCUCACCCCUGUGCUGAAUGUCAAGGUAAUGCUAGUAGAGAGCAAGGGGAUUGUAGACGAGUAUAUAAUGUAGGCGCAGUUUAGAAAUAUGAUAUUAUUUAGGAAAACUAUUAUAUAUAGAAAUUAUUUAUGUGAUCAGUGUCUCUCAUUCAGUCUUGAAA